CUAAUACCCGAUCCUUCCUUCCCCCUUGAUUCUCCACCCAGCAUUCUCCCCGAGCACCGCACAUGUUGUCUCUGCCUCUGUGUGGCUCAUCAGCAUCAUGAUCGCCAAAUACAUGACAAAACCAAAACUCCCUCGGCACCGUAUCGUAAUCUACCAGUAUGGUACCGUAUGUGAUAUCGUGGAGUAUCGUAGGCCGCAUACAGUUCUCUAUCCAUUGUGCUCACCCGCACGCGGCUGUUGCCCUCGCGGUUCCGGUGCGAACGGACAGGCAGACAAACAAACAAACAAACAAACUAUCCCGGUGUCGGGCCCCAGACAGCGAUACUCGGGCACAGUAAUCCGUGAUUCUGUGUGGCCCCAUCUGCGAGGAGGCUAAGAGGGGUGUUUUAUCGAUGAAUUCUGUUGGGCUGGUGGGCCGGUGCUCGUCGGAAUUCCUGUUGUGGGUUCACUUCCAUGUGCUGUCCGAGACCUCGUUCAGCUGGAGGAUGCUGUGCAUGGUUGCUGUGACUUAUUUCCGGAUAUCUACAUGCUUGAACGAACGGCGCGGGUUUCCUUUUGUGUCUACGGUAUCUACCGGUAUUUCUUCCCCACCUCACUCGGGGGUUCGUGGGGAUGUUUGCACCGGAUUUUGGAGGAAAGUAGAAAUUAUGACGCUUGUGGGUAAGCUCCGCUCCGCGAUGUGUAAUAUACAGUAAUUCAUACUGUGUUUCUGGCGGGGGGGAAAGCGCAGUGGCCUACGGUACUCGUGCAGUGUGGGAUACCACAAUUGCCGGUUUUCGAUUCGAGGCAUUGAGCCCCGGGUCGAAAGGGCACUUUUCGGGUGCCAAAUCAUGGGUGGAUCUGCUAGAUUUCUAUCCAAAAAAGGCGUCACUAUACGUUACACACACAUCGAAGUCCAGGACUCGCAUACCGGUAAACGUUUUUCAAUCCGGGGGGCUGAAUGCCUCUUCCACCCGGCACUCGAGAAUUGCUCGCUUCCGUAUGAUCUGGCAGGCGAGACAGGGAUUGGAGCGCUUUCACAUGCCACUUUGACUGAAGUUCGGCCGUUGGGGAUGACGGCUUGUGGCUGGUCGGUGGUGUGAGGCUCAAGGAUGUGAUCGACAAGGGAGGAAGGGGAUUGUUUCUUUUUCUUUUCCCUGCUUUUUUUAUUUUUUAUCAGGGGAUUUUGCUAUUCGUGUGUACAGUACCGGUACUGUACUGUACUUUUCCAAGUAGCACUGCAGUGGACGAUCAUUACUGUUGCGUUGGUGUGAGUGAUCCAAUGGAGUUGGAGCCAAGAGGGCCUGGAUUAUUUUUUUUCUCUAGAGGGAGGAAGAGGUGCAGCUGGGUUAUCGAUAUGGUUGAUAAGGUGAAGUGGGCGGGUGGGAAGAGUGGUGGGAGGGGGCGAGAAAACUGUGGGGAUGGGAAGCGAUGUUGUUGGGAGAUGCGGUUGGGCAUGGAGGUUCGGGAUAAAGAGGUUUGAUCCGUUGGAGAAACCUUAUCUGUAUCGGUACUGUAUGGGUACUCGGGUAAUCGAAGCUGUUGGAGGAACCUCAAUUGGCUUUGAAUUUUGGAAUAUUAUGUAUUCAGAAGGCGAGAAAAGGUUCUUUUAGUUGUGUUGAGAAGUCUUGCGAAGCUUAUCGUGGAGAUUCUGAUCGCCUCAUCCAUCAGCUGGGAAGAAGUGGAUCCGGAGGGAGUGCUGAUCUGAUCAUACGGCAUCGUCAGCUCGCACAGGGAAUGAAAGAGGGAAAGUGGUGGUUAGGUAAGGGACAGAAUAAGGUAUUGGUGCCGCGCCUCAACAAAUUCUAAAGUGGGCGAGGAGGAUAAAUAUUUCCCACCGAAACACAGAAGAAAAAGCAAAAAAAGCAGUUGGCCCCCACUUGGCCAGAUCUUAGGAACUAUACAAGUACCGUACACUUGAUUGGUUCAUUCCUGUCUGGCCCUGCAUAAGGGCUUUCUUUUUUAUAUAUAUAUGUGCCUUCUAGAUAAACGUUCGAAUGAGAAGGAAGGAAAAAUAUGGAAGAAGGGCGGCUCCACGGUAGCACGGUAUUCGGUAGACUCGGGCGUUGCCGCGAUCUGUUUUCUUUUGUGUUGCAUACAAACUUCUGGUGAGGAAGGAGGGGGGGAUGGGGAGGCCGUGGUGGUGGGACACCCUACUUCAGUGCUGGUAUUCAUAGUACCGGUAUAAUACCUUUGGGUAGAGAGGCAUACCGGUACAUCUGCUAGAGAGCUCUGCUGGAUGGUGUUUGAGUUUCUUUCGGGACGUAUAGGGAUGGGGGGGCCUAGCCGGAGAAAUGGAUCGGGCUGGGUGGGAGAGGUGGAAAAAAAAGGAAAAAAAAGGUGCAAGAUACGGCAUUUAGAGCCACACUGGUGAUGCAGAGGAAACAAAUGAUCUGUCCUUUCCCCAAAGUUUGUGAAAACUCGGACGGUGACCGAGUUGGAUGGACAGCUCAUGAUCGUCGGGUUUGCUCAGCUCGAAUUGGGAAAUUGAUGCAGAGUCUUUGUCAGACGAAAGGGAAUACGGUACGGUUAAUAGAGCGCUGGAGUGAAUCCCGCUGCUGCGCAGUCUACCGGUAUGAUACAAUACUUGUAGCAAGGCGGAGGAAAGGAGAGGUAUGGUAGACCAUAAGACUGUGUUGUGCUCGAGGAGCAGCGCUGCAGCGGGCAGUACAGUGCGAGGUCACUUGGUCAAGUGUUCUGUCUGUUCCUCCCUUGCCUCUUCCUCCCUUCCCGGAAUCCGCCAGCAAAGAAAAUUUAUGCCCCUCCCGGAAGGUAAAAGAAAAUAAAAAAAAAAUAGAAAACCGAGCCAUUCCCUCUCGGACCCUGUUUGCCGCUGCUUCCCUCCCCCUGAUAUUUUUUUUUCCAGAUUGUCCUAGGGCUAUGGUCUAGCGAGCCACCCGAGAAUUAUACUACUUCCUCCUCUCUUUCUCACCGUAUAUCUCUGUGCUUCUCCACCACCGUCCCCUUGCCAUCCUCCACUUCCUUUAAAGAUCUGGAGCUGGCCGCGGGAGAGUCGAAGAAACUAAAACCAAAGACAACUAAAGAGCAACAACCAAAGGGUGAACAGGAAUUGAACCGCACGUGAAGAUAAAUGGGUGAGUUUUUUUUUUCUCUUUCUUUUCCGAUUCGUUUAUCCAAUUGCUUCCGGGAGGGGUGGAGACCCGCAUUUGCAUGUUGUGUUGCCUUUUUUCCCGAUGCUUGACCUACAGCGAGGCAAAUGGGGGAUCGAAUGAAAGGGGGUUGGCUAUUCUAGAGAAAAUUGGCCGAGGGGGGAAUAGACCUUGGGCCUAAUAGAAGACAGCCUACACCUGAAUUGCGAGAGAGUCUGGAGAGGUGAUGCGAUAGCUGACCAUUUUCAACCCGCGGGUACCGUAGGACUUGAUCUUCUGAACAUGGCUACCCGUUCUAGAACUCGCAAGUCUUCAAUUUCCCAGGCGUCCACCCCUCUCACCGCCAAUUCAACCUCAUCUUCAAAGGCCCCAUCCGCCUCGUCCUCAUCGACUUCACUUUCAUCUAUGGCGCUGGUCAAUGAGAAAUCCCGAAAGCCGAUGUUGGAUACCUACGGAAAUGAGUUUGAGUUCCCGGACUUCACCAUCAAGCAGAUUCGGGAUGCCAUUCCUACUCACUGCUACAAGAGCUCCACCCUCCGCUCCCUCGGUUACGUAGCCCGUGAUCUGGCUUUGGUGUCCUCCAAUUUCUAUGCCUUCAAGUUCCACAUCAUCCCCGCUCUGGCGGAAUACCACCCUGCCUCCAGGUUUGUUGCGUGGGGAGUGUACUCGUUUGUUCAGGGGCUUUUCGCUACCGGUUUGUGGGUUCUUGCUCACGAAUGUGGGCAUGGUGCGUUUUCUCCUUCGAAGACAGUAAACGACCUUGUUGGAUGGGUUCUCCACUCCUCCCUCCUCGUCCCCUUCUGGUCUUGGAAGAUUUCCCACGGAAAGCACCACAAGGCAACUGGAAAUCUCGAGCGUGACAUGGUUUUCGUCCCUAAGUCUCGUGAGGAAUACUCGCGCCGCUAUGCCGGUGGUAUUGGCCACGACAUCGCCGAGUUGACCGAGGAGACCCCUAUUGCAACCUUGGUGCACCUUAUCGGCCAGCAGCUAUUGGGGUGGCCCAUGUAUCUUGUAAACAACGUUACCGGGCACCCCUACCACGAGCGCCAGUCUGAGGGACGCGGGAUUGGAAAGAGGAAUGGAUGGUUCGGUGGUGUCAAUCAUUUCGACCCCCGGAGUCCGUUGUACGAGAACCGAGACGCCAAGUGGAUUCUGUUGAGCGAUGUCGGCAUUGCCGUGAUGAUGUACUUCCUUUACCAGGCCGUUCAGAUUUGGGGUUUGGCGAACAUCGCGAUCUGGUACAUUGGUCCGUAUUUGUGGGUGAAUCACUGGCUCGGUAAGUUUUGUCAUUACAUCAUUGAAUCCAUUUGUCGGUCUCUGGCGGUUACGAUCGGUUGGCUAAGGCAGAUCAUCAGUUGCCAUCACGUUCCUCCAGCACACCGACCCUUCGCUUCCUCACUACCACCCCGAGUCCUGGACCUACACCCGUGGUGCCGCCGCAACUAUUGAUCGCGAAUUCGGCUUCAUUGGUCGUCAUCUCCUCCACGGUAUCAUCGAGACCCACGUUGCCCACCACUUCGUCUCUAGCAUCCCCUUCUACAAGGCCGACGAGGCCACCGAGGCCAUCAAGAAGGUUAUGGGCAAGCACUAUCGAUCCGACACGGAAGGCGGCCCAGCUGGCUUCCUAUGCGCUCUCUGGCGAUCCUCCCGUUGGUGCCAGUUUGUUGAGCCCAGUGAGGGUGCCGAUGGUGAAGAAAAGGGGGUCGUCUUCUUCAGGAAUCGAAACGGUCUUGGUGUUCCACCCGUCAGUCGGGAGAUUGUUUCCGAGGUGUCUUUUGAGAAGGAGGGCCCUGUUGUUCAAGUCAUGGAAGUCAGUGACUCGGAGUAAAUAUGUGAUGCCAUUUUCUUUCUCCGUUUGUUUUUUUAUUGUGGGAAACAACGUACAUUUUGUGCGCUACCUUUAGAGAUGGGUGUUUUGUUAUUUUUCUUUGCCUGUUAAUAAACAAAUUUUCCACAUAUCUGUUCUGUCCAGAGGGGCGGGGUAAAAAAAAUAAGGGAGUAUAAACAUUCUUUUCCACUUUUCUUCUUUUUUUUUUCCGGAGACUCUUUAUGGAUAGCUUGCGUUUGUCUAUUCUUCCCUCUCUUUAGUUUCCCCAUUGCUGCGACAGCGUUUGUUGUGUGGGAUUGAGAUAAAAUUUUAUGAGAUGAAUGAGAGCAGACAGUUGGCUAAACCG